GUAAAGAAAUAGUGUGGCGGUUGACAGCACGGUGUCCAGGUUAUUUAGGACUUUGAGGUUGAGUGAGAUGACAGGCAUAUCAUGAGAUUGGACUCCAGAGUCAUGAAGAGCCGAAUAAAACACUUUGUGUGGAAGCACAAGCCAUUUUGGAGACUGUACAUGAGAAAUCUUGUCAUCAUGACUGCCGUCGCAAUGUGUUCCGUCUUCAUCGCCUGUCUUGAUGAAGAUUUCACUUCCAAAGUGAGAGGCUAUGUUUGGAAGAUAGACAUGAAGACCUUGGCUGAGCAGUACAAAGAUGAAUCCUCACUAUACAUAGACAAGACACAUGCUGACCUGCUGUUCCAAAAGGUCAAAGUGCUAUGUUUUAUUCUGACCACGGAAGGAAAACUAGCUGGGAAAGCUCAGAUCGUCAACAAUACAUGGGCAAGGCGAUGUAACAAGGUGUUAUAUGUCUUGUGUACGAAGCACAAGGCGCCAGACCUCCUGUCCACCUGUUCUAUAGGAGAGAGUAAAUAUCACCUGACUGGUAAAGUCCGACAUGCUCUCACGCAUUCCUACGAACACUACAUGCAGAAUUACGACUGGUUUUUAAAGGCAGAUGAUGAUACAUAUGUUAUCAUGGAGAACCUGCGUUAUUUGUUGUCACAUUAUCCCACUAAUAAAGCAGGAUAUCUGGGCUAUCACUUCAAAGUACACCUAGACCAGGGGUACAUGAGUGGCGGGGCUGGCUAUGUCAUUAACAGACAAGCCCUGAAACAGGUGGUGGAGCAAGGGUUCCAACAUAACAGUUGCCUUGAGGAUGGUGGAGACGAGGAUGUAGAAAUCGGCAGAUGUCUUCAAUCUUCCAACGUGCAAGUGUUCAGUUCACUGGAUAAGUAUGAUAGAGAGACUUUCCAUACAGACAAACCUUGGCAGCAUGUAUGGGGAAUACCACCAGGAUAUCUCAACUUGUACUCCAAAAAUGGAGUGAGAAAGGGAGCCGAUUGCUGCAGCCAGUUCACAGUUUCCUAUCAUCAUGUUGAUGCAGCUACUAUGGCAUUCAUGGAGCACAUGCUUUACCGGACAAGUGUAUAUGGACGACACGGACUCACAAAUGCUACCGACAUCUUUCCACCACGAUAUCAUCGCGGCAGUCAGGGAUAAGUAGCAGUAUAAUGUUAUGUGAUCAGCAGGACUGGUUGUUAGGUUGUGUUCUGAGGAAAUCACUUGACACACAUAUCAGGUUUAUCAAACAGCAUACAUAUAUUUAUAUAUAUGUAGAUUUCUCACCUUUUUGCUUUUAGCCACGGGGGAUAGG